AUGUCCUCCACACUCCCAUCCCUCCUAUCUCCCAACUUUGCCUUCAAAUUCAAACCCUCGUCCUCCUUCCCACGUCAACAAUUCCCAACCACCACUAACCCUCAAUUCACGCGUAACCCCAUUGGGUUUUCCCCUAAACCCCUCAGAUUCACCCCGCUGAAGCGUUUUGCCGUAAAUGAAGAUUCCACUGUUGUCGCUGGGUUGGAUCAAGCGGAGAAGGAACUUCGAGAGUCCAGCACUAUGCCGGGACGGUUUAGAGAUCACAUUAAAGAAGCUACGAAUCCUCCUCUCAAGUGGCCGUGGUUUCUGGCUAUGGCUUUUCUCGUCUAUGCAUGGAGAGCUGUUCUAUUUGAACUGUCAAACUGGAAGAAUGCUGCAUUUGGAAUUGUUCGAUUCAUAGGAUAUGUCUUCAAAUAUGUCUUUGCUUUACUCUAUCGAUUCAUAGGAAAUCCAAUCACUUUUACAAUCAGAUCCAUUGAGGAUUUGAUUUACGGCAUUCAAGCUUUUUACUCUUGGAUAAUUACUAGUGCCCCUGUACCAGACCUGACCAUUGUUAUCUUCUUCGCAUCCGUUGUUUUAGCUAUUGCUGAAACUACUGUUCCUAAUUGUAUCAGCGACCAACCCUAUGUUCUGACCGUAACUGGUCUUAUUGGCUAUGCUGCUGUUAGAGGCGUUAUUUCUGAACCACUGUUCUGGACUCUCUUGGUUGGGAUCUAUGGUUUUUCUAAAUUUAUCAAAAGGAGAGACAAUGUUUCUUCUGCAAUGCCUGUUGCAGCUGUACUUGCUGCUGUUGGAGAGCCUUGGGUUAGAUUUGUGGUGAUAAUUUCGUAUACGGCCUUGGCUAUUUAUCAGUAUUCAAAAAUGCUUGUAGAAGGGAAAGAAAUUGAAGAGAUUGAACGACAGGGGAAUAAGCUUCCAAUUCCGCUUUUUCUUGCAGCUUUAGCAAUUGGUUUACGCGUUGCUGCUAAGUGGGCCGGGUAUCGGCACUUGACAUGGAUGAUAGUAUAA